AUGGCUUCAUACCAAGUGGCGUUUAAAGUAGCAAAGUCUAAGAAACCUCAUACUAUUGCAGAAGAGCUUAUCAAACCAUGUGUAUUAGAAAUAGAUACAGCUGUUCUCGGAAAUGAAGCAAGAAAGAAGCUUGAAUUAACCAUCAAGUGGAUUAGGGGUCGUGCUCUGAAUCACCGCCUCUUUGUGUCACUCUGUGAAGAUCUUGGAAGUGAACAUACAGUUUUACUUUUUCACACAGAAGUUCGCUGGCUCUCCCGUGGGAGAGUUUUAACCCGCUUCUUCGAACUGCGAGAAGUCUUUCUGGAGGAACGUCACCGUGAUCUGCUUGAAGAGUUGGAAUCACAAGAAUUCAACCAAAUCUUAGCGUAUUAG